GGCUGCCUUUGUACCUUCACUCCAGCCUUUUCAGAGAACCAGUUAGACUUAGGGUGGAUCUCUCAUCUUCUGUCUGAUUUUUUAUUUCUUUUUAAAAUUUUUAAAAUUUCUUUCUGUGUAUUUCCUCAAGCUUGUGUCGCUGACGUGAUUGUGGUGAAACAGAUUCUGUCUGUAGCUGCUUCUAUUGUGGGCAUGUCGCUGACUUCCACUUUCCUCCUGCACUGCUUUCUUCUCACCACGACUUUGCUUCUCCCUCCCGUGUCCUCUCAUCCCUUUCUCUCUGACCUUUGUGUUUCUUCUCUCGACUGUUGGCUUCUUUUUACCUAUUUUUAUGGGAAACCAUGCUCGUUCGUCUGAGGCGGUAGGAUGGGAGGAAUCGGGGUAGGUGGAUUGCCGUUUCCCCGCAGAGUUUGUUAGCAUUCUCCUGUGUUCCAGGGAGACGCUCAAGCAGGGCCUGGAGUUCUGUCGGCAGAAGCAGCGGGCUGAUGGCUCCUGGGAAGGCUCCUGGGGGGUUUGCUUCACCUACGGCACCUGGUUUGGGCUAGAAGCUUUCGCCUGCAUGGGGCAGACUUACCGCAGUGGGGCUGUGUGUGCAGCGGUCUCCCAGGCCUGCGACUUCCUGCUCUCCAGGCAGAUGGUGGAUGGAGGCUGGGGGGAGGAGUUCGAGUCCUGUGAGCAGCGGCGUUAUGUGCAGAGUGCCACGUCCCAGGUCCACAACACGUGCUGGGCCCUGAUGGGGCUGAUGGCUGUCAGGCAUCCCUGCGUAGAGGCCCUGGAGAGAGGAGUCAGGUGUCUGCUUCGGAAACAGCUCUCCAAUGGCGACUGGCCCCAGGAAAACAUUGCUGGAGUCUUCAACAAGUCCUGUGCCAUCAACUAUACGAGCUACAGGAACGUCUUCCCCAUCUGGGCCCUUGGCCGCUUCUCCCGCCUAUACCCAGAGAGUGCUCUCGCCGGCCACCCUUGAGGGCGCCUGGCAGGUGGGUGGGUGGUGGGCGCAGGUGUCAGGCAAGUUCCCGUUGGAGCAGCUCGGGUGAGCUGCAGGAGCCCUGCCCAGGGGCCCAGUGCCCGUCACCACCCACUUCUGCAGGGCGGGGGCCAGGCCUGGGGCAGGGCUGGGGCUGGUAACUUUAGAUAGUUGAUUUUCAGGAUAGGUUUAGUUCUUAGAAGAGCUUGCGGCGCUCAGGUGAGGAAAGGAACAAGCUGAGCCGUGACCCUGGAGGAGGCGUGGCAUGUUCUGCAAUACUGGGCAUGGUGCACGUCCUCGUUGUGGGGCUGGGGGCGCUUUCUUGACCAGUACCUGAGUUCUUGGGAGAGGGGGACCGUGCCUUGUCUGUCUCCUGCCAGGUGCUUCCCAGGAGCCAGCUCGGCUGGGCUUGUCCCUGUGUCUUCUGUCUGUGGGGCUGAGGGAUGUGACAGCUUUUCCGAACAGCCCAGAGGGAGGCUGGUCCUCCCUGUUCACCCAGGCACCCAGGGCUCAGGAAGGAACGGGGACCAGACUUGCCAAGUGUCUGUGCCUGCUCAAAGGGGAGCCAGACGUGGCCGCCAGCCCUGCCCUACACCUCAGGCCCACCCAUGCUGCCUCACGGUGCUGCCCGUUGUGGGAGCCAGCGUCCUUCUGUCCUGAGUUGAUAGCCUCUAGUGUCUGGUGCUGACAGAGCGCAGGCGGGAGGCUAAGCACGGUGAGGGACGAGGGCUCAUGAGUGGUUUGGUGGUUAGCACUGUGGGGCACUGCCGUGUGGGGAGGGCAGCAGAGCAGUCCGUGCAGCUGGCUGGGUGGCCUGACAUCCUGGUAUGUGCUCUGAGCCCAAGUGAGGGCCAGAUUUCCAAGGCAGUGCCUCUUCAGUGCUAAACUUCUGAAUUCCCUUCUGGCUCUAAAUCUGUUUGGUUUGAUGUGCGUGGAUUUGGGGCUCAGGCUGAAAAAACCUGGGUUCUGGAUUUGCCUUUGACCUUUGAGAACAAGUGGCUCACAUGCUCAGGGCUUCCCCAGGAGUGUGGCUGUGAGAAGUCACCAGGAGCUUUGAUGAGAAUAAAAGCCAGGCCUGGUGUUGCCCCUAGGCCCUGGCCUGCUUGCCCACCCCAGUGCCCCGCCCACCUGCUGUUCCUCUGUACCACCUCCUGGACUGGCAGCAGCCCCUGGCUGUGCUUCCUUGGCUGACCAUCCUCCGUCAGACAGCCAGAUGUCUGAGUGCCCCCUGCUGCUGCCAUUCUCUGCCCAGAUCCCUGGAGGACCCUCACCGAGACUUUGCACCAUGUGGCCUUGACCCUGCAGCUCUCGUGGCCUUGAGUGCUGUCCCUGACUCUGCCUGGGGCUCACCUGCUUUGGGCCUUGGUCUAGCCGUUCCUCCACUGACCUCCUCUUGCCCCGAGGUGGUGCUUCUGCUCUGAGCCCUGCAGGCCUGGGCUGAGUGUGCACACAGACGGCCUGCCGGCACCACUGGCUGCCGUGCGUGUGGCACGUAGUGGGUAUUCAGUGGACGUCUGUUGAGUGUCAGCACUUCUUCCCAGACAGUUUAAGUGAGUGUUUAUUUUGGCUGAAGGAACUGUUCAGAUCUCUUUGAAAUCUACUGGGUUUGCUCUUGCACUUCUUUUCUUGGCCCAUGUUUUCCACUCACUGGGGCAGCAGGAACCCAGGUGGUGAUAUACCACAGUCUGCUCCUUGAAGUGGCCACUGCCCCUGGGAAACUCCCAGCCAUGGCCGGAUCACUAGACAGAACAUAAGAAAUGAAAAUCUGCUUUUCUACUGAAAAUGUUGUCACUUCUGUGGCCAGCUACCUUAAUAAACAGACAUGUUUCCCUUA